AUUAGGCUAGCCCUUACAUAAUGAAAAGUCCCAAGAGCUGCCUGCAGCUGCUGAGCCAAUGAGAAAUAUAGCUCCAGCAACGGCUCUACAAAUCCUGGCCGAUUAUUGAAAGAUUAAGCAUAUGGAGUCCGCUGUUGAAGCGCUCAGGUGCUGUCUACACUGUUGCAACUCCCCCAACAUUGUGUGUAAUACAGUACUCAACCUACGUGACUUUAGGGAAGCACCAAUUUCAGACAAUCUUUAUUGCCCGCCUAAGACAAUUGCAGUUUCACAGUUCAAAAGAAGUCUACAGCCGCUGAAUCGUGACCUUGCGAAGCUGGCAUCCAUUUCAACUUAAUUCCACUUCUCUAGUUCCAUGCGUUCAUUGGCACGCUGACUCACACCAAGCAAAGAAGACUGC